AUGGGAGUUGAGAGAAUUGCAGUAUUAGGGGUGGUGGUAGUGGUGACGAUGGUGAUGGGUGGCGCGUGGGUUCAAGCUCAGGAGGCGGCGGUGGGUCGGGAGGCGCCGUGGAGGAUCCACACGCUUUUUUCUGUGGAAUGUCAGAAUUACUUUGAUUGGCAGACGGUGGGCCUCAUGCAUAGCUACCGGAAGGCCCGACAGCCCGGACCCAUAACCCGAUUACUCAGCUGCACGGAAGAGGAGAAGAAGAGUUACAAAGGGAUGGAGUUAGCACCUACCUUUGUGGUCCCCUCAAUGAGCAGACACCCAAAAACUGGUGAUUGGUAUCCGGCAAUUAAUAAGCCUGCAGGCGUUGUCCACUGGCUUAAACAUAGCAAAGAAGCACAAAAUGUCGACUGGGUAGUAAUUCUAGAUGCAGACAUGAUCAUCCGUGGUCCAAUUAUACCAUGGGAGCUUGGAGCCGAGAAAGGCAGGCCUGUUGCUGCAUAUUACGGAUACUUGAUCGGAUGUGACAAUGAUCUUGCUAAGUUGCACACUAAGCACCCUGAAAUCUGUGACAAGGUUGGUGGGCUUUUAGCCAUGCAUAUAGAUGAUCUUGGAGCUUUAGCACCUAUGUGGCUGUCAAAAACAGAAGAAGUACGAGAGGACAGAGCUCAUUGGGGAACCAAUUAUACUGGUGAUAUAUAUGGGACAGGGUGGAUCAGUGAAAUGUAUGGAUACUCAUUUGGUGCAGCAGAGGUAGGACUUCGCCACAAAAUAAAUGAUAACCUGAUGAUUUACCCCGGAUAUAUUCCAAGAGACGGCAUUGAGCCCAUUCUUAUGCACUAUGGCUUGUCUUUUAGUGUUGGAAAUUGGUCAUUCAGUAAAUUAGAACACCAUGAGGACAAUAUUGUGUACGACUGUGGGCGGCUCUUUCCUGAACCUCCUUAUCCUAGAGAGUUAAAAGGAAUGGAAACAGAUCCAAACAAAAGGAGAUCGCUAUUUCUAAAUCUAGAAUGUAUCAAUACCCUAAAUGAAGGUCUUCUAUUGCAACAUGCAGCAUAUGGGUGUCCCAAGCCAAAGUGGUCAAAAUACUUGAGUUUUUUGAAGAGUAAAACAUUUGCUGAACUAUCUCAGCCAAGAUUAGCGACUCCUAAAAGUCUUCAAAUGAUGGAGGUUGAGCAUACGCAAACACAAGAACAUGCUAAUGAUCCUGGAACGCCAUAUCCAAAAAUCCAUACCAUUUUCUCAACAGAAUGCUCCCCUUACUUUGAUUGGCAGACUUUGGGGCUUGUUCACAGUUUUCACCUGAGUGGCCAACCUGGAAAUAUCACGAGACUUCUUAGUUGUACGGAAGAAGAUCUGAAGCAGUAUGAAGGCCAUGACUUAGCCCCCACACAUUAUGUUCCAUCCAUGAGUCGACAUCCUCUAACUGGUGAUUGGUAUCCAGCAAUUAAUAAGCCAGCUGCAGUUCUUCAUUGGCUCAACCAUGCAAAAAUAGAUGCAGAGUAUAUAGUAAUCCUUGAUGCUGACAUGAUAAUGAGAGGUCCGAUUACACCAUGGGAAUUCAAGGCAGCCCGUGGAAGACCUGUUUCCACUCCCUAUGACUACUUGAUUGGCUGUGACAAUGAGCUUGCAAAGAUGCACACCAGUCAUCCGGAUGCUUGCAACAAGGUUGGUGGUGUGAUCAUAAUGCAUAUAAAUGACCUCAGAAGAUUUGCUUUGCUGUGGUUGCAUAAAACCGAGGAGGUCCGGGCUGACACAGCUCAUUGGUCAAGAAACAUAACUGGGGAUGUGUAUGAAGCUGGAUGGAUCAGUGAGAUGUAUGGUUACUCGUUUGGCGCAGCAGAGCUGAAUUUGCGUCACGUCAUUAGCAACGAAAUUUUGAUAUAUCCGGGAUAUGUUCCUGCACCUGGUGUGAAGUAUAGAGUAUUUCACUAUGGCUUGGAAUUUAGUGUUGGAAACUGGAGCUUUGAUAAAGCAAACUGGAGAAGCGCUGAUUUGGUUAACAAAUGCUGGGCUAAGUUUCCCGAUCCUCCCGAUCCAUCAACCCUUGAUCAAACCGAUGAGAAUGCAUUACAGCGUGAUUUGCUCAGCAUAGAAUGUGGAACUGCACUGAAUGAAGCUUUACGCCUACAUCACAAGAAGAAGGAAUGCCCUGAUCCCACUUCCAUCUCCACUCCAAUUCGAGAGAGUCCUGAUUCCAUAUCCUUGUCUCCUCCUAAUCAAGAAACAGCCAGUGAGGUUACGACUUCAAGGAAAUUUGGAAAGAUGGAGGAAAUUAGUACCUUAAUUCGCAGUCCUGAUCUAAAGAAUGAAUCUCAGGAAUCAUCGCCGCCAGCUAUGGGAAAUGAAACGUUCACUUCCAUGAGAUUUUGGAUAAUUGGCCUUUGGGCAUUUUCAAUCUUUGUAUUUGUCACAGUAAUGUCGUUGAUGCUUUCCAGUCGCAAGGGGCAGAAAAAAAAAGGUAAAAGUUUUAAGACCAAGAGACGAGCCUCGCAUUCAGGAAUCUGGGAUACGAUUGGAAAUGAUAGGCAUCUCCGAAGCACUGAAACAGCAUAA